AAGCUCCGCCUAGUCCCCACUUUUAAGGUGCUUCCAACUCUGUGAUUCGCCCUUUGUCCUGGAGGUGGUGCAGUGGCAGCUCUUCUUCUUGGUUGGUGCUCUGAGAACUACGUUACCCAGAAGCCUCCAUGACUCUCGGCCAAUGAAGGCCCAGUGAAGGGGUGUUUCCGUUCGUGAGGGCGAUGUUGGGGUGGGAUUUCCUGUUUCCUUCUUGGGCGGACAUUUUUUUUUGGUUUUGGAUUAGUCCUCCUCCUCAGUCUCGUGGACGCACAGUGAGACCCGAGUGACACGAGAGGAGGAGGUUCUUCCCUGAACGGAGGCGAGCCUGAGGCUUGGCUGUGGCGCCUCACAUGUCCCCUGGCUGCCGAAGCCCGGUUCCUCGCACUUGUCUCCCGCCUGUUAUCCUCUCUCCUCCCCCGCCUUCUCCCGUCCACAGGUUCAGAUGGCGCAGGUAACCUUCGAGGACGUGUUCAUGCACUUCUCCCAAGAGGAGUGGGGGCUCCUUGAUGAGGCUCAGAGGCUCCUAUACCGCGAUGUGAUGCUGGAGAACUUGGCACUCACAGCCUCACUGGGAUAUGCAUCUUCCAUGCCCCGUGGGGUGGCUCCACUGGAGCUGUGCAACGAAUCCUGGCUAUCAAACUGGGCACAUAUGACUACAGCCAUGACCAGAGAGGCUCAGGGUUCUUGGCAUAAAAUGGAGGAUAAGAAAAUAAUGUUUAAGCAGAGGGUCUCUACAGAAGGAGCAUCACAGGCCAGAACUCCCAAGGUGGGCCCUUCUACCCAGAAAGAAGCCUAUCCCUAUGAGACAUGUGGUCCGGUCUUGAAAGACAUUUUGCGCUUGGCCGAGCACCAAGAAACACACCUUGGGCAGAAACCAGGGGGGAAACAAUUCUGCUUCAGUGUAGACCUUAACCACCAGAAACAGUAUGGUGGAGAGAAAUCCUUCAGAAGAGACAAGGGCCAGGACUUUCUUGUGAACAGCUGCUCUGGCCAGCCAUUGGAAAUACCCUUUAUGACUGUGGAAGGUUGUAAGGACUUCUCGACUAACUCAGGCAUUUUCCAGCACCACGCCCCUUGCAGUGAGUGGAAGCCACACACUGGACAAAGGCAUUAUGAGUGCAGUGAAUGUGGGAAAACCUUCAACCGCAAAGACUCUCUUGUCCAGCACCAGAGAGUCCACACUGGAGAGAGACCAUAUGAGUGUAGUGAGUGUGGAAAAACCUUCAGCCGCAAACCCAUACUUGCUCAGCACCAGCGAAUCCACACUGGAGAAAUGCCAUACGAGUGUGGUGUAUGUGGGAAAGUGUUUAAUCACAGCUCCAACCUCAUUGUACACCAGAGAGUUCACACUGGAGCAAGGCCUUACAAAUGUAGUGAGUGUGGGAAAGCCUAUAGCCACAAAUCCACACUUGUUCAGCAUGAGAGCAUCCACACUGGAGAAAGGCCUUACGAGUGCAGCGAAUGCGGGAAGUACUUUGGUCACAAAUACAGACUCAUUAAACAUUGGAGCAUUCACACUGGUGCGAGGCCUUAUGAGUGCGUAUCCUGUGGGAAAUUCUUUAGCCAAAGUUCUGACCUUAUUGCACACCAGAGGGUCCACAAUGGUGAAAAGCCCUAUGAGUGCAGUGAGUGUGGGAAAGCCUUUAGCCACAAACAUGUGCUUGUUCAGCACCAUAGGAUUCACACUGGGGAAAGGCCAUAUAAGUGCAGUGAAUGUGGGAAAGCCUUUAGGCAAAGGGCUUCCCUUAUCCGACACUGGAAAGUUCACACUGGAGAAAGGCCAUAGGAUACUGGGAUAAGUCAUCUCCUUGUUCACCAGUGAGAAGAAGUGCUGUGACUUUGAGAGUAGCCAUCAACUGGAAUUUGAACCCUGUCAAUCUGAACACCCAUUCCGGGGAGAUUCUUCUGAGGGCCUCUUCCGUGGGAAGCUUUCUAGAACAAUAUUGUACUUUGUCACCUGCCCAGGAUCCCUGCCAAAAUUCCAUCACUGCCAGUGUCUCUGAAAGAAGCCAUCCUUCUAUGCAAUGGCAGGGUGCCACAUUGUGCAAAUAUCACCCCAACAAGCUCUGUUAGGCACACCUGUGCUGCUCCUUUUCCUACAGGGAAUCCUCAGUAUCCUGAGCCCAUUGAUCCUAGUCCUUCCUGUCCCCCCUGCCCUGGCUUGUUUAAGCAUGGACAUGGCCCAGUUUCAGCCAGGAGGAUGCAAGUUUUGUUUGCUGGCUGCUUGCAGAGCAGGAUUCCAGUUUUUGUGGACUUACUGGGGUCAUGUGGCACUCAUGGUAGAUUUGUCCAUCUUCUAAGUUCCCUAACUUGGGAAAUGCCUGCCCCAGUAUUGUGGUGUUUCAGCAAAUGCCUUAAUUUUUAAACCUGGGGUCUUAAUCUUUAAUCUUGGGGUUUCAGUUUACUCUGUAGGCUGAGUGGAGGACAGAAGCAGGCUCAGCCUACAUGAAGGGAUGGGCAGCUUGAGGAAGUGCUCAGUGUUCUGAAUUCAACAGCAGACACAACGACUCAUUCUAAUUUCCACCUAACUCGCACUGCUGUUCAAGGCCUCCUAGGGAAGAACACCAGUCUGUGUGGGCCUAACCUUUUGUCUUGUGUGCCAGGAUUACCUGUGAGACUUUGGUGGACAUUUGUUGUGGCAACCACUGGUCGGUCUGGGAACACCAUGCAUUGGGUCCCUUGUUCCCAGGGGAUGUUUCAUAUUUUCUUGCCCUCUUGAGGAGAACCUGACCCCCUUGGGCUUGCCAACAGCCCUGAAAUCUAAUAUUUAGUAGGCAAAUGUCACUUUCCCCUAAAAGACUAGGUAGGAAUCACAAUUGGUACAGAGACACUGAUUAAUAUGGAAUUGGGGGAUUGCAGCAAACCUAGCGGAUGUAACUUCCAAAGGUGUAUCCACAAACAUUCCCUCCACUAUGGCAUUGGUAUGAGGGCUUACAGAAAUUCUCAGGGCUCCCAUAUUUGUGUGUCUACUGUGGCUGUGGUCACUAUCAGAGAAAUUAAACAUUUUCUAUAAUAAACUACCUAUUUAUAGUGUACAGUUUGAUAUGGUCCAAUGCGUUUGCACUUGUGAAACCAAGUUCCUGAUUCCCGUUAUAAUCCCUCUCUUGACCCCAUUCCCAGGCAAGCACUCUUGUCACUAGAUUUGUGUUUCCUAGAAUUUUAUAUAUGAUGUAUAUGGACUAAUUUCAUAUUUACUUAUAUAUCUGACUUUGCAUGGUUAUGUUGUGAUUUAUCAGUGUU